ACACACACACACACACACACACAACACAACACGGCGAAGAGCAGCAAACUCAGCGCUCUCACGCUUAGCUUGAACUUGGUCGGCUUCGUCACCGCCAGAAGAUUGGCUUUUUUGUUUCGUUUAGUUUUUUUACUCCCUCACUCUUAAAGACAUUAAAUGUUUUACCGGCACAGGAGUGAAGCAAUUUUUUUCGGCGUCGAAGGAGUUACAACCUAAAACUGGCAGGUUGUGAGCUACAGGUAGGACACCAAGUUAGCGAGAGAGAGAGAGGAUGCGAGUUCAGACUGUGCUUUCAAAUUAAAAGUGUACCUUGUGUAGGUUCAACCUUCAGUGAUGGGCCAGGAGCAUGACCGAGCAGCAGGAGCACGCUGAAGAAACAGGCCUGCUCUCCACACAGGACCUGGAUUCCUCCAAGGACGAGGAGGCGCACGGCCACCUCAGGUUUCAGCUGAUUGAAGAGCUGUCUUAUGAAGAUGUGAAAAAAUGUUACCGUGGCUCGACUGUCAGCAAGUACAACUCGCAGUACCACAAACUGUUCCAGUGUGUGCCCAAGGAUGAGCUCCUCAUGAAAGUGUACUCCUGUGCUCUUCUCAGAGAUAUCCUCCUCCAAGGCAGGCUCUACAUUUCAAGAAACUGGCUGUGUUUCUAUGCCAACCUUUUUGGCAAAGACAUCAAGGUGGCCAUCCCUGUUGUCUCUGUGCGGCUGGUGAAGAAGCACAAAACCGCGGGCCUGGUGCCCAAUGGCUUGGCUAUCACCACCGACACCAGCCAGAAGUAUGUGUUCGUGUCACUUUUGUCAAGAGACAGUGUCUACGACGUCCUUCGUAGAAUCUGCACUCACCUACAGGUCAACGGGAAGAGUCUGAGUUUAAAGCAGUACAUGGAGGAGCCCACCUUAUCACUGGAUGAAUUCCCGGCUCCCGACGAGUUCCCGGCAGAGGACGAAUUUCCGUCCGUGUUGAAGUGGAGAAGGAAACCCUCGGUGGUGUCCGUGUCUUCCUCCCUUCCUGACCUCCUGGGGAACUCCAGCAGCAGUCUGAGCGCUGCCAACACACCUUUCAAGUUAGAGCAGCCUCUGGAAGGAUCAUUCUCCUCAUCCUGUCCUCGUGCUACCUGGCAUUCCGCGUCUGCAGUCUGGAGCAGCAGCUUUCCUUCCUCAGCAACCCACAUUUACCCCUCAGAGAGAGGUAACCUUGGCUCCUCCUGGCUGCUGUUCACUCUUCCCACACACAAAUCCGGGAUCAAACUGGUCACGAGCUUAAAGACUUUCCCUCCACAGGACUGGCGAUCACUUCAAGACUAUGCAAACAGCCUCUUUAUUUGUGUCUGUUAAAAAAACACAAAAAAAAACACCCAGGACUUUUAAGGUGAAUAUAAUCCAAAACAGGAAGUGCUUGACAAAGACAUUCCGUGUCACUCAUCCUUCAUCCCAAGUGAACGCAACCAAACGAGCCGCUGACGCCAUCACGGCACCGGACUUAAGCACUUUAAAAAAUGAUGUCCAUGUAGUUUUCGAAUGACUUUGAAGUGUUUGUGUUAUUGUUGAACGCAGGCACUCUGUGAAAGUAUUGAUGCCAUGAAGGAAUCACCCGACUGAAGGAAAUCACCUUUGAACUGUCAUACACCAACGCCAUGUGUGUUAAUUAUCAUAAUGUGAAUGCAGUUAUUAGCUAAUAAUGCUGUGUUUCUAUUUAUAGAUGUAGUGAUCUGCUUUGAAGAUGGUUCAUUUUAUACAUUUCAAAGGGCAGAUUGAAUCAUGACAAGUGUAAGUGAAGUUAUGUUUUUAUGAAGGAUGUCAUAUUGAUUUUGCUGACUGGUGGAAAUGUGAUUCUUGUCUGGUUGUGAAUUUAAUUUGCGAUAGACUAGAUCAGGGGUCCCCAAACUUUUUGACUCGGAGCCGCAUUGGGUUAAAACAAUUUGUGUGUGUGUGUGUGUAUAUAUAUAUAUAUAUAUAUAAUCUUAAUUAGAUUAUCCAGAGAAUAGUGCUCAAUACCGUGGUAGAGCGCAAUAUGUGUGUGUGUGGGAAAAAUCACAAGACUACUUCAUCUCUACAGAACUGUUUCAUGAGGGGUUCCCUCAAUCGUCGGAUUUUAAUGGAAGCAUUCACAUACCAUGGUUUAUAUAUGGGCAUAGAGUGGGUAGGUACAGGCAGGAGGGGCGUGGUGAUUGGCUCAUGUGUUACCUAGGAGGUGUUUCUGUCUGUGACGACAUGCUGAUAGAAUUUCACUGCGCUUGUUGAGGGAUGCCAGGUCUGGGUGGUAUAUAAUAAACAGUUUCUCUUUUUAAGCAUAGGUUGCAUCUUUUAUUACCACUGUUGUAAGGUGUCUUCCCCGUGGCCUCCUACCGGUUGGACGUGCCCUAAACACCUCCCUAGGGAGGCGUUCGGGUGGCAUCCUGACCAGAUGCCCGAACCACCUCAUCUGGCUCCUCUCGAUGUGAAGGAGCAGCGGCUUUACUUUGAGUUCCUCCCGGAUUGAGGUGUUUAGGGCACGUCCAACCGGUAGGAGGCCACGGGGAAGACCCAGGACACGUUGGGAAGACUAUGUCUCCCGGCUGGCCUGGGAACGCCUCGGGAUCCCCCGGGAAGAGCUAGACGAAGUGGCUGGGGAGAGGGAAGUCUGGGUUUCCCUGCUUAGGCUGUUGCCCCCGCGACCCGACCUCGGGUAAGCGGAAGAAGAUGGAUGGAUGGAUGGAUGUUGUAAGGUGUGCUGGGUGCAAGAAUUUGCCAUAUUAUUGAAUAUUCAACAUUAUUGUCUUUGAGGUUCCAAAUGUGCUUGCUGAGUUCUGUAGAAUUCCGGAGGCUCUGGUUUUUAAAAGAAGCCUUGUGAUUAUUCCAUCUGGCUUUAAACUCUCCUUCGGUUAAUCCUACGUACGUGUCGGAUGUGUUAAUGCUGUUGAAUAUUCAAUAACAUGGCAAAUUCUUGCAUUCAGCACACCUUACAACAGUGGUAAUAAAAGAUGCAACCUAUGCUUAAAAGAGAAACUGUUUAUUAUAUAUCACCCAGA